AUGGCCCGAAGGAAUUCUUUUUCGCGAAUUCAAGAGCAAUCGCACCGUAUCAGCUGGAAAUUUUUGGAAACCCCUCUAUCCGCAGCCAGAUCAGUCGCCAGUUCAGGCCGAUACUCAUCAGCCUGCUUCACCAUCAUCAGUUCAAUCAGCUAUGACGGAAUAAUUCAACCACCAUCGGGACGCAUGUCCGACAAUUUGCCGUUGUUUGAACGAAGAAUAAUUUCGCCGCCAUCGCCGAGACUGCACAAACAAAUUCAAGUUGCGCUGCCAUCACCGGGACGCCUGUUAUACCGUACUACGGAAGCCCCCGAGCGCUCCGACGCAGUCGUGCUACCAGCCAGCGACCAGCUCAGUCGUCCCGGCCCUGCGUUCGGAGGUCGUGAGGGGGUCUUCCGAACUCCCUUCCCAGGCGAGUAUUUUGCUUUAAAUGACGAUCCGCUUCCUGUAAACCUUCUGGUUUCUAGCAUGACAUCGGGUACAACUCGUUCCGACGAUUUGCUGUUGUUUGGACGAAGAAUAAUUUCGCCGCCAUCGCCGAGACUACACAAACAAAUUCAUGUUGCGCUGCCAUCACCGGGACGCCUGUUAUACCGUACUACGGAAGCCCCCGAGCGCUCCGACGCAGUCGUGCUACCAGCCAGCGACCAGCUCAGUCGUCCCGGCCCUGCGUUCGGAGGUCGUGAGGGGGUCUUCCGAACUCCCUUCCCAGGCGACAUGCCAUCGGGUACAUCACGCCCCUUCAGCAUGUCGGCACGAUUGCCACGUGGCACUGACGAUUUACGGCUAUACUACCAAAACGUGUUACGCUACCCACGCCGAAGAAUUAAUCGUGGAGGAGGGGUCAUAAACACUUCGAACACCAACUCUACUGUAAAAUUAGGACUGGAACCCGAAGUGAUGGCAAAUUCGAAGCCAAGCACGGAGCCUUUGAGGUACCAGAGCGCACCGAUACAGUAUUUUUGCCCUUCCCUUGCCAAGCGGGGCUUUGACAGGGUUGACUUUCUUUCCCUAGAUAUUCGUGGGAACAAAAGGGAAAACACUAAGAGCACUGUAAACAUAAGUUUGGAGGAGAUUGCGGCGAUGGAGGUUGAAGAGGAGAAGAAUUGUGCAGAUUCCAAACUUGGAGAGCUGCUGAACAGUGGCUCGUUGGAGGAUGUUGUGUCCUGCACUUCGUCCAUUCUCAACUUUGCAGAUAGAGACGAGGAUCGGACAGUGACCAAGGAGUUGGCAGACCAAUCCAGCGGAGCAACCGGUGGGUCGUAG